UUUUUUUUUUUCUGUUUCAGGUGGUCAGCUAACAAAGCACCUCCUCUCGGCGCUUGACCGACAAAUCAGUGUUCAUGAAUUAAGCUUUCGCCUCCGUCAGACCUGAGCCAAGGCAACUAAGAAGACUUUCGAACACCCCCCCCCCCCCGAAAAAAAGAAAAACCUGCGGGAAAAUGGGCAACCGUUCGUUUCGAUCGGUUUUCGCGGAUUUCUGCUGAUAGAAAAUGGGAGUGCUUCCGCUCCGUUUUUAAGUUUAAUCGUUUUGUCCUGUGAUAGUAGUCGAUUAUUUCAAGAAAAUGUCCCGUGUUUUUAGAACUAGUCUCCGAUGCCUCUUCGCGUUGUUGUCUCUCGGGGUCUUCACCGAGGCGAACCUUUUCAGCAACAGCAGCCUCGAAGGACCCAACGUCUGCACACGACAAGAAUCAUAUACAACGACCGUUCGAGUAUCGAAACACAAACCUUAUCAAGUGCGAGAAUACGGGUUUUGUUUGAAUUUCCCACCUCGAUGCUCCAAGUACAGGAUCAAGUUCAAAACUGAAUACGAAACCCAGACUUUGGUGAAAUACAGGCCUGUGGAAGAGUGCUGCAAGGGUUACGUGGAGCACAGCUCGCAAAAAAUUUGCAUACCCGUUUGUUCGGACGUCUGUGUGCACGGAGUCUGCGUCGCGCCCGAUACUUGCAAGUGUGAAGUCGGCUUCGGCGGCGCCACUUGUAAUAAGACAUGCCCAACUGGAAAAUUCGGACCCACUUGUGAAGAGGACUGCCUUUGUACCAAUGGUGCCUGCGAUCCAGAAAAUGGAGCAUGCUACUGCACGCCAGGAUUCAAGGGGCCCCAUUGCGACCAAAAAUGUGCUCCUAAUCACUGGGGACAGGACUGUGUGGAACGCUGUCAGUGCAAGAAUGAUGGAGUUUGCGACCAUAUCACCGGAGAGUGUAGCUGUCCAUCGGGAUACACAGGACCCUUGUGCGAAGAAAUCUGCCCAACCGGAACCCAUGGGAACUCUUGUCAAAGGGAAUGCAGCUGUCAAAACGGAGGGGUGUGUGAUCCUUCAGAUGGAUCCUGUAUCUGCACUCCUGGUUACACUGGUUCUGUUUGUGCUAACAAGUGCCCCCCAGAGAAGUGGGGUGACAAGUGCAGUCAAACUUGCAAUUGUUUCAAUUCAGCCAAUUGUAAUCAUGUCGAUGGAAAGUGCGAAUGUCUGCCUGGCUUCACCGGCCUAAAAUGCACGGAUCCAUGCCCAAAAGGAAUGUACGGACUAAAUUGCGAUUUGAAGUGCAUGUGCAACGAUGGUGCAAUCUGUCUUGCAAGCAACGGGUCUUGUGUCUGUAAUCCAGGAUGGAAAGGUCAGAACUGCACUGAGCGAAUCUGCCGUGAUGGACUUUACGGCGAGAAGUGCGACAAAAUUUGCGAUUGCCAAACAGAGAGCACUAAAUUGUGUGAUCCUUGGUCGGGUCAGUGUAUUUGCAAGGCUGGUUGGGAUGGACCGACAUGUUCCCGUCCUUGUCCCCUCUACCAGUGGGGCGAAGGCUGCGCAAAACAAUGCUCUUGCAAGAAUAGUGCUGAGUGUUUGCCCAACAAUGGAACUUGUGUCUGCGCUCCAGGUUAUCUGGGCACCAACUGCGAGAAAACUUGCCCCGAUGGAUAUUACGGUGACAAAUGCAAGCAGGCUUGUGAGUGUAAGAACGCUAAACAGUGUGCCCCUGAGACUGGACAAUGUAUUUGUAAACCAGGUUGGAAAGGUCCAAAGUGCGACAGACCUUGUGACGGCAACUUGUAUGGUGAUAAUUGCAGCAAAAAUUGCACCUGUCAGAACGGCAUAUGCGAUCCUGAGACAGGAGCUUGCACUUGCAAUUCUGGAUUCACUGGUAAACUCUGCGACGAAAUCUGUCCGCCCGGCACUUACGGUUUUAAGUGCUUGAAAAAAUGCAAAUGUAUAUCGGAGUCUUCAGACAGAUGUGACCCUGAAACGGGAAGCUGCAUAUGCAAAGAUGGGUGGUAUGGUAUCCACUGUGAAUCGAGAUGUCCUAUCGGCUGGUAUGGAGACAAUUGUAAGCAGCAAUGCAAUUGCAUGCAUGACAGCUCUUGUGACCAAUUCACUGGAGUCUGCACAUGUGCCCGUGGUUGGAACGGAGGCACUUGUAGUCAACCUUGCUUGCCCGGAACUUACGGUUACGACUGUGAAGAAGAUUGCCUAUCAAGAGGCCUUAAAAGUGAAACCUGCGACCACGUAAUGGGACAAGUGAAAUGUCGACCUGGCUUUGCCGGUGUUAGUUGCGAGAACCCAUGUCCUGCCGAUUACUAUGGCCAAGAUUGCCUAGAACGCUGCCACUGUAAGAACGGAGCAGACUGUCAUCAUAUAACUGGUGUUUGCCAGUGUUCGCCAGGCUGGACUGGAACUUCUUGCGAAAUACCGUGCCCUGAUUACACGUGGGGCCAUAACUGCACGCAGCAAUGUCAGUGCCGCAACAAGGAAAAAUGCCGUCCGUACGAUGGAGAGUGUAAAUGCAACCCUGGUUGGAUGGGAAAACGCUGCAAUGAGCGCUGUGGGGAAGGAUUCUAUGGGUUGCAUUGCAUGGAAUCUUGUCAAUGUCGUGAAAAUUUCAUUUGCCAUCCGGUGUCUGGCUGUGUGUGCAGAUAUGGAUUCACGGGCGAAGACUGCACAACAGAGCUAGUCCAGGGUCUGGGCGGAAGAGAUGGCACGAAUAGUAGCAGCUCAAUAGGUGUCAUGCUAGGACUUUUUGUUGGUGUGUGUUUGGUGGGAGUGAUCAUCGCUCUUUGGAUGUAUUACAGGAAAAGAGUCGAAAACCUUAAAACAGAAAUAGCGCAAGUCCAGUAUAUUGCUGACCCUCUUAGCUCACCAGAUCGCCAUCAUUUCGACAACCCAGUCUACUGUUAUGGUGCUGCCAGCAGCGGUAAUACGGAUAGUCUCUUAAGUAACAAUAUGACAAUAAGAAACAAUCUAAGAGAUCGGGAAAAACCUACAAACCUUGAAAGGCAGAAACUUGGGUACUCAGACGAUGAUCAAUCAGACACUGCAAGCAGUCGAGGAGCGUAUGGAAUGUCUGAAACUUAUCUGAAGAACAGAGAUGCGGAUUUGACAAAUCCAAAUCUGUACCAUAGUAUCGAAGAUUUCAAGGAACAUCUCUACGAUGAAAUAAAGAACCUAAAACCUCCUGUGGAGGAAGAGUACGAUCAUUUGGACUACACGAGGGCAGGCAGCUCCUUGAAACCCCACUACCAGAAAAUGGCGAAUUCGCUCAGAAGCGAGAGCAGUGACCCCUCGUCAGGCGGUGAAAACAGCUCGACUAGUUUAAAUAACCAGAGCACCCGAAAAGACUUGUAAUUUUUAGUCAUAGCAUAUUGUACGUAUCUGCAUUUUAUACCAAUAAGUGUUUCAUAGUUGGACCUACUGUGAAAGGAAUCUAAUCAAAAUAGUCAGGUUGAGCUCUCGCCGAUUUUCCGUAUAAAUCUAACGUAAAAGCUAGCUGUGUAUCUUACUAAAUGCUGUCUUUUACUGCACCUCGGAGGCUAGGCAAAGUAAUUCAUGUAGUAUCAAAAUUUGAUUUUUAGGAUUCUGUGAUACACAGCGCUCUGACGUUUCCCUCUAAUUUGGAAAACUAGGGUGCAGUAUAAAACAUUUUUUCUGAUUGAAUGGAAUCUUGGGCUCUCAAUAAAGUGCGAAUCUCUAUUGCAAAUUGCAACAUUUUUAAAUUUCUUACCUUAUUUCAUGUUUUUGAAAGAAAAUUAGCUUCAAUGUGUCCUCAAAAUUUUCUGCGAAUAUUUUUGAAUGAGUAAAAAUAAUUCACAAAAAAUGUAUAGGAAAGCUGUUGGCCGGUUUUCUUCCUCAAACCAUUGAGCAUGAGUAGAGAUUUGCAACAUUGCAAUUUUAGAUACAUUUUCUUUGACUUAGCUGUUGACUGCUUCUCUUAAGGACCUUUUUAAUGAAUUUUUGUCCUGCUACUCAAAUUGUAGAAUGUCCCAAAUAAAUGUUCGACUAUUUAAAUGGAGGCCCAUUUUAUUCAAUCAGAUGAAGUAAUUUUGUAAUCUGCAAAAUAUUGACAAGGUGCUGGAUUGCAGAAUAGUCCUGCAAAGUAAAUUUUUAUGUAUCUACUUUUAUAACCAUCCCAUUAAAUGUAAUUUCAAUGGGAAUCAAAAAUACUCAACAUAAUGUAAGAGUUGGCGAGAGAUACCUCACUGUACAUAGGUUAAAAAAGGUUUAUUUAUCGAUUAUUUUGUCUCAAAUCGAGAGAGAUAUACACACGAGAGUCGCUUUCAUAGCGCUCUCUGGCGCUCUGCAACGCCUAACUGCCACAAAAUUUGGUCCUCCCACAACCAGUCAAGAAAAAAAGGAAAGAUAAAGGUAGAACGUCAGGCAAGAUUUUUAGGUUUCCCGCAUGAAUUAAAAGUUAUAGAAUGAAAAAUGUUUUGUCUUUGAUGAAAUACAUAAUCAUACAUAGCAACAUUUUUUUAAAACUUUCAACCCUACCAUGCAUUUUUUUUUCAAGCAUGAAAUACUUCUGGUUUUACUGUUUUAUUUUUAUAUGCAAAAAUCAUAUCAUAAAAAUCCAUGAUUUCUACCUGUUAAAUAUUCGUCCGUUUUGUUUAAGAGGAAAUGUAUCCUUUUUUUAAAAUCAUAAAUCAAUAUUAACUCUUAAGACCAAACUUUUUAUAAUAUUUUAAAGUGUUUCGACUUAAAUUCCUGCUGAGAUGGAGUUACUUUUCCACAGAUCUCAUCAAACAUGUCAAAAAGCUGGCCAAACUUUUAGUUUCAGACCGAGGGAGAAGAUGCCUGACCUAGGUGAAUGUGCUAUGAGAUUAAUUUGCCAUUGAAUCAAAUUGGAAAUUUUGAAGAAUUUAAGCAAGAUUUUUCUACUCUAAGUAUCUGAUAUCAGCAUUCAAAAAUUGCAUUCCCCAUUCUUUCACGGUCAAAUUUUGUUCUCUCUCCUUAAAUUCUGAAAUUUUUCGCUCACAUUUAAUUUUUAAAAUGUUUGCACCGGGGUUGCCGUAUUUUUUUUGGUCUGAAGCUUAAAUUUUGCUCAGAUAUUUGACCUCAUCAAGCUCAAGUUUGAUGCCGACCCAACCUUGAGACAAAUCACUUGAGGUGGAAGUAUCGCUUUCGAAUGCAUGUGCAUAAUGGUAAAGUCCAAGGGAAAUAAUACGUCAAUCGACUCUCAAAUAGAAACGUAAGAUUUGUCAUUUUGAUUUUUGCACUCCUUUUCAUCGCAGAAAUGAAAAUGGCUGGUUCUCUGUUGUUAUCUCAAAGUUGGCUGACCAAUUCAGCAUGAACUAUGAUGAAGAGUCAUAGAAAGGACCAAAAACCCUCAUAAAUAUUUUAGGCCUUUAUGAAGGAUUUUUAGUCAGAAAUAUUCUGCCUCCAUUGGGAUGCCUCCAAACAGUAAUGAUGGUUAGUGCAGUAAAUGCCUUCAGAGAAAAGGAUCUCCGUGAAUUUACACUGAAUUUAGGAAAAGAUGAAUGCUUAGAGUGAUGGGACGUCAUUUUGGAAAUAACAUACAUCUAUAUUUUAGCUGCAUUAGCUUUUCAGAACAGGUUUAUUGUUUAAUGGGCCUCUGAACAAGAUACUAAUUAAAGAAUCACCCAGUGUGUUUUCUCUUCAAAAUUUCAUGGGGAAACGAGACAUGCAACAGGAUGUUUGGAAAGUAACUCCUAAACAAAAUGUUUUUACAAUCAAGAUUGAUUAAAUGGCAAAAAUACAGAUAACGUCAUUUGUAUAAUCUAAUUUAUUAAAUCUGUGUCAAAAACACUUGUAAAUAGUUCGCUCAGGAGUUGAUUUCAUCUCCCAUUGUUUAAUCAUUUUCUACGCAAAAUUUUGAAGAAAAACUUGUGACUUUUCCUAGUUCAGACCUUGACUAGUAACCCAUUUUUUGAAAAUAAUGGAGUUGUGGCGUUCCUUAUUGAAAAGUCUAGAUGCUGAGGUAGGUUUUUCCCUUGGUUUGAUCUCCGCUACUUUUAUUUUUAAUAGCGCCAGCAGUUGUUAAUCAUGAUCGAGGGAAAUUGAUACCUUUUUUAAUUAAUUCUUCUGAAAUUCAGGAUCCUCCCUGGAGCAAUAAUUGGUUCUCAUUCCCAAAGAUGCUGUAUAUAUUGUUUCAACCAAAUGUUAUUUUUUAAUUUUAAGUGUAGUUGUGAAAUUAUUUUUAUCUUAAUCGCUGUUUUUACGUCUCGUUAUAAGAUUACAUACCUUGUAAAUUGUUCGGAACCUCAAAUGUGAUAUUUAUUACAUAAGUUUUUUUAGAAAUUAUUUUAAUUCAUCUGUCUCAUUUUAAUUGUAUAUUGCCUAUGUUUUUUUAUGUCCUCUCCUUUUUCUCAAGCUCAAGAGGGAAGUGAUUGUCCCUGCAACUUGCCUCUCAGACAAUUUUAAGAUGACUGAUAAUGUCUUUCAUUUAGAAGGAAGGAAGAAAAAUAUUGCGUGAUGUUACUUCACCAUGAAGAAAUGACCCCAAGUUUUAAAUUCUAAAUGCAAUUUGUUCAAAGCAGAGUUUUAGACUAUUGUAAGUAAUAUGGUCGCUAAUUUUUUGGAACAUUGUUUUGUUUUUGUCACUGAGCAUUGCUAGCUUGGUGCCUUUUAGCAGACCCUCCAAGAUUCACUUGGCCAAGCAGAAACGGUCAGUGGCGUGGCAGGAAUUGCGAUAUAUCGAUUGUUAUGCCAUUUAAACCUAUGAUAAAAGAUCGAUUAUCAGGGUGUUCGCAGCGAACACCUUAGUAAUCGAUUCUUUACCAUAGCUUCAAAUGGCGAGAUAUCGAUAAUCGAUUAUUCACGCCACGCCACUGGAAACGGUGUAUUCUUUUGUGCUUUUUUCUAAGACUCAUCUUGAUUAUCGGUGCAAUUUCGUCAUUUUUAUCACCAAAAAUGUGUUUUUUUCUUACUGUUUUGUCGUCCAAAAAUUGUGAUUUAUGAAAUUCAGCAACUGUUUUGUCAAAAUACUAAAGGCAUGUCUCUAAUGAACACGACAGCUUGACAAUUUCUGGUCGGUUUUGCGAAGUUUUGCAGCUUGAUGCCGAAACUAAAAAGUUUUCAACUUUUGCGCAAGCAUUGCGUAAAUUCCAAUUAGGGCCAUAACACAUUUGUCAUGAGCUGCAUCGAACUUUGAACAAUAGCAGAAAAACUUAAAAGGUCCAACGUCACCGUUGAACAGGAAAUAUAAGCUGUUGUACCCAUUGGAAACCAGGUUUCAUAAAAAAACUUGUUUUUGGUUGUAUGUCAAAAAUAACUGUGAAGUUGCACAGUUUUCACAACAAACGAAUGUGAUUUCUGUGUUUUUUUUCGGUACGGUUUUAUAAUUAAUCUUCCUGUGAAACCUACUCAUGUUGUUGAUAUAUUUUUGUGUAAGAUAUAUUUGUAUAUAUUUAAAUAAGGUUCUUAUUAUAAUAAGCCGAUUAAUCUAGCCACUGCAAAUUCUUCCCAUCGGUCGUGAAGCAUAGGAAGUAGAAACUGCAGGAAUGGUCCACGAGAUAAGGUGUAAUUUAGGUAGAAAUGUUACAUGUUUUCUCUUCAAAAUCUUGGGCAGACAAUCCUCACAAAGAGAAGUUCGAGAAUCAACUCCUGUACGAGAUAUUAACAAGUAUUUUUAACAUGGAUUAAAUGGAAGUUAGAUUACAUGAAUGAUAUCAUUUGUAUUUAUGCCAUUUCACCAAUUUUCAUCGUAAACACUCAUUUCUUGUUCAGGGGUUGAUUUCCAAACCUCUCGUUGUGUGAUUUAUUUUGUUUUUGUGAAAUUUUGAAGAGAAAAUGUGAUGCAUAGUGCUUUAAUUCAUACCUUAUCUAUAGACCCAUUGAAAACUGUCAAAUGGGAUACUUCUAUGUAUAGAAAUCCGUUUCUUGUCUCUCCAAUUUUUUUUUUUAUUCGUUUGGGUGCAAAUGAUUCAUUGAGCUCAUGCACAGGGAAUACUAUAUUUUUUGGCAAGAAACUCAAAGUUCAUCUAGAUUUUUGAUCUGUUCAAGGCAGUUAAUUGAACACCAAUUCCAUGAGAUGAAUCAACUUAAAAUGAGUUGUUUUCUUUUGCAAAUAUUUGCCUAUUCAUGUAAAAUAUUUUUGCAUGAUAAGUAAAGGCCGCAUGAAAUGAAGCAUUUAAAAAACAUCAGAAUAGAGCUAUAAUUUUGUAGCAAGUUCUGUCAGACUUUCAGCAUGAACACUCCUUUAAGUGUACCUGACAAAGCAAAAUUGGAGAUGGCGAUUUUAAGAAAAAAUAAAAGUGAUUCCUUCUAGAAAAGAAAGUUGACACUUUUCACAAAACCUGUUUGAUUUUUUACAGAAAGUUGAACAGAAAUGUUCUACAAAAAUCAACUUUACUUUUUACAAAAUGUCAAUUUUAUUCAUUUUAACAAAUCAAUUUUGUUAUUUUAAACGAAUCAAUUUUAUGUAUUUCAACAGAUUACUUUGAUACUUUUCAAAAAAUCAAUAUCCUUUAAUUAUUGGCAGCAUAAAAUCGAUCUCCUAAAUUUUUGAGUUUCGAAAAGAUUCUUGUAUCGCGUCCGCAUUGUAGAGUUUAGACGCUCUCAAAGGACUAACCAUAAGAAUUCUUAACUUUCAAUUUUUUACUGAUAAAAUCAAAUCCGGUUAAAAAUUAACCUAUGAAAGCGACACAAUACAAUACUUUUGAUUAUUUCCACCAAAAAUUGAUGUCUCCAAGUAAGCAAUUCAAAAUUGUUAUACCCAAUUUUCCCUCUCCAAAUUAUAUAUGUUUGAAUCUUGAUGCUGUUCAUUCACCUUAAAAUGAGUUUAUGUGUUGUCUAAAGUCUUAAUUUGUCUUCCAGUGAGAGUUAAAAUAACCCACUAAAAAUUCUGUAGUUAUUUCUCCUUGUAAUUUGUUGACCAUAUCGAAUUAUUUACCAAAUCUUCUGUUAAUUUCAUCAUCGAAAAAUUUUUGUGAUUGCAAAUGGUUAGCAUAUCUACUUUAGCUUCUUUUAGAUCUUCCAACUGGUUUUGUAUCGAUCAAUUUUCCUGUCGGGAAAUUUUCUAAGAAUUCUGUACCUAAGGUAAUACAAAGAAUUGUUAUUUGUAUUUUUUAUAGAUUUUUUAUUACUUUUUAAAAUCUUUUCAGUAAUCAAAGCAUUUAUGAUGAGUCUCUCUUCUCUCCAUCAGUGGGAGAUUUCACUGCACUUUUCCUUGUUUGAAAACAACGAAUUUUAAAUUUUUCUUCCGCUGUUUGCUGUUUCUGAUCAUUUGUCAUUUCCCUGAUUAUGUCUUUUUGAAAAUUUCCAAAGUGUCGUAAUGUAAGUAUGUGUACAGUCAUAUAACAAAUUUAAUUUUAUUAAAUAAAUGUCAUAUCAUUUUUUUAAAUGUUUAUUGUUUAAUAAAAAAUAGUUCAGUAAA